AUGGCCGAUACAGCCAAUGCUGGCCCCGAGCGUGAGCGCGUGGAUGAGCUCGCAGAUGAGCUUGUCAGGGUGGUGCGGCAGCGUCGUAGCCAGCUGCUUGAGGACAAGGAGAAGACGCGGCUGGAGUUUGAGGCACAGCGUGUCCAGCUGCACACCGAAUAUUCCCAACGCCUCUUCAACGCGGAGGAGGAGCUGAAGCAGAUCCUGGCGGAGCGGACGGCGCGGCGGCAGCUGGCCAAGGACAUGCGGCCCCAGGACGUGGUGACCCUGGACGUGGGCGGCAAGAUGUACACCGUGAAGCGCGAGACGCUCUGCCUCUGCCGCGGCUCGUUCCUGGCGGAGCUCUUUUCUGGCAGGUGGGACGACUCGCUGUUGCGGGACAAGGCGGGCCACAUCUUUCUGGACAUCGAGCCGGAGGUCUUCGACGUCAUCCUCGCCUGGCUCAGGGACUCGAAGAUCGGCACAGCGGUUUCGGCACCAGUGGCGCCGCCAAACCAUGCAGAGCACUUCCAGGAUGUGGUCCAGUUCCUGGGCCUCAGGUCAUACCUCUCCCUGGGGCCCAGUGAGUCGGAGGAGCCGGUGCCGGAGAAUCGGGGCUUCUUGAAGGCGGCAGGUUCUUUCCUUGCCUCCUGGCGCCCGGCGUCGGCGAAGAGCGCGCCCAGUCCGGAUCUAGCGGAGGAGGAGUCGCCGGAGGCGCACGAGGCCGAGGCUCAGGCUGCGGCGGUAGAUGUCUCGGUACCCACGGCGAAGGUGGGGUGGUCCUUGAAAGGUUCCGACCCCUCGGUGCAGAGGGGCGAGGAGGCCUCGGUGGCGGUGCCGGACACCACGAGCCAGCGCUGCUCCGCGGCCGCGCGGGCCACCCGGGGCUUCCAGCGGGGCGCCCACUGCUUCGCCGUGAAGGUGCUUCAAGCUGACUGCUGCUUCGUUGGCCUGGUGUCCUCCGAAUGGACGGCCACUUCCCAGCCGUUGGGCAAAGCUCCCCACAGCUGGGCCAUUUUCAGCGACGGCACCGUGUGGGCCGCCGGGAGGGAGCUGGAGAUGCUCCCCAUCACCUUCGGCGAGGGCAGCGCGCUGGUCUUCCACCUGGAGCUCCCUGAGCAGGGCCUCCGCAGCGCCUCGCUGGUCUACGGGUCGCACUUCCAGUGCCUCGGAGACGAGUGA